AUGGCUGGUGCAUUGCCUUCGAAACGUGGAAGGCCAAAGAAAGACGAAGCAGUCGUGCGGAUAAGAUUAACCAAGCACAUAUAUCUCGACGAAGGUCUAAGAAUCCAAACUCCUAGUAGUGGUAAGUCAAAAUAUUUAGUACGAUCACUGCAGUUUAUAUUUAUACCCUAUAUUUUUCCCAAAGUCAUGUUAUUAUGAAUUAUAUACGGCUUGUAUACAAUUUACGUUUUGUCUGUUUCAAUUUAGUGCAUCAUUCACAUGUAUUAUGUAGUUCAACGCCUGCUGUAGGACAAAGGAAAGCUAGGUUAUUUGAAGAUUCAAUAUCAUCAAUUUCCAGCCAAUCUGAUAUCAAUGUUGAUGUGUGAGUAAACUUUUCAGUUAUAAUAUGGGUUUUUACUGUGAAUAUAAAGAAUGCAUGUCAAGUGAUUGUUGACAUGCAAUGUUCCCUUUAUGUCAUUUGUAGUAUAAAUAUUCAUGGAGAGUCUACUUCUCAUAUUUCGAUCUGUACAUGAAGUCGAAGGUUUGGAGACUUUGGGCAUCAGUACAAUGGAGAACUUGUCACUCUCCAGUAAUUCUGAAUUUGGAAAACAUUUUGGCAACCCUUCCAGUUCCGAGACAGGUACUACCAGCUCAGAAUCAGAUUCCGAUUCAAGGUAAUUGACCUUUCUAUUUAAAAUCAUCUUUCAUCAUUGAUAAAGCCCCAGAGACAUGAUAUUCAUACGUUUUCCUAUAUCAAGCUUCAGACGGUGAAUUAAAGAUUGUUAACGUAAUCUUGACCGAAUUGCUUAAAACCCUCACCUCAUGUACUGAUAUACAUGUACAUCUACAUCUACACACUAAUAAUGAAGCUGAUUGGAUUUUCAAGUAUUAACAUACAGUUCUGUAUUGUUUUAAAGUGAGAACAGUUCCGAUUUUGAUGAAAGUUUCCCAGAAACAGAACAAAACCUAGAAUUUUCCAGUAACGAUGAAGAUGAGUAA